CAGCUCCAAGUUUUAACAGCCCCCGCAGUCAACCGGAGGAACCGUUGAAAGAAAUGGAAGUGGAGACAGACGAGAAGGAACUCAAAGCCGCCGGGGCCGUGCCCCUGACCGACGGUCGCUUCGGCCUGCACAUCCAUGGCUGGGAGGUUGAGUCUCGCAAGCGCUCCAUCCUCAACUCCUCCAGCCUCCAGCUGUGGGAAGAGAAGCUUAAGACUUCUCACUUGCCAGAAAUGGUUUUUGGGGAGAGCUCUUUGGUUCUUAAACAUCUGAAGAGUGGCAUCAAAAUUCAUUUUAAUUCAUUUGAUGCUCUAAAUGGCUGGAAGCAGGAGGCAUUGCCUCCAGUUCAAGUCCCUGCAGCAGCGAAAUGGAAAUUCAGAAGCAAGCCCUCCCAGCAGGUGAUACUAGAUUAUGACUAUACAUUCACAACACCAUAUUCGGGAAGCGAAACAUUUGAGAUAGAUACAGAAAAGUGUGGAAAAGAGGAAACCUCUCGGCAGAAAUGCAGUCUGCAUUGGGAGGACUGUGAGGAGAAAAUUGAUGUGAUUUCACUAGCAUCAAAAGAGCCUAUUCUCUUCUAUGAUGAGGUAGUAUUGUAUGAAGAUGAAUUGGCUGAUAAUGGAGUUUCGCUGUUAAGUGUAAAAGUGAGAGUCAUGCCAAGCUGUUGGUUUCUUCUCCUACGAUUUUGGCUUAGAGUUGAUGGAGUGCUUAUGAGACUAAGGGACACUCGUAUGCAUUGCAUCUUUGGAGUUGGUGCAAAUCCCAUCAUUCUUCGAGAAAGUUGCUGGAGAGAAGCGACAUUUGAAGCUUUAUCUGCUAAAGGACACCCUUCUGAUUCUGCUGCUUAUAGUGAUCCAUGCACCAUCAGCCAGUGGCUUCCGAUCAUCAAGCACAAGACCCAAAAGCUUAAAGUUCCUGAUAAUUUGUAAGGUGAUACAUGUCUUCAUACAAAAGGACUCAAUUUUCCCAUGGUGUGCUUGUUGUGGAGAAUUUAAACAUCCUAACUCAUAUGCAUAUUUUUUUGCUAAUUCUCUUUUAUGAUAUUUUAGUUAUCUACAUUGCAUGUAACACAUAUUUUAGCUCGAGAUCCUACUCGAUGUAUAUAUAUAUGGUUCUUCUUAA